AAUAGUUCCUCCUAUGUCAAAUCUCCCUCCAACAGCGACCUCAAUAUACUAAGGCAAGGCGCAUAAUAUCCUUCUCACCUAUCUCCGUUUCCUGGACACCCUAUAUCAAGAUUGACCACGGCUCGCCGGCACCAUGACUACGCUGAAAAAUUUGAAUUUCAUCACCGGCAACAAGAACAAACUUGCCGAGGUUCGAGCAAUUUUGGGAGAUGUAAUCGAAGUUAACAACCAGGGCAUUGAUGUGCCGGAGAUACAGGGGACCAUUGAGGAAAUUGCUAGAGAAAAGUGCAGGCAUGCGGCGGAAGUGAUUGGAGGCCCAGUUCUCACCGAGGACACAGCGCUUGAAUUUCAUGCACUGAAAGGCCUCCCUGGACCAUACAUCAAGUCGUUCCUUGACGCGUUAGGCCAUGAGGGGUUGAAUAAAAUGCUUGAUUCCUUCGACGAUAAGUCUGCAGAAGCCGUAUGUACGUUUGCCUUUUCUGAUGGCCCUGGAGCAGAGCCUAUUCUAUUCCAGGGAAGGACGAAGGGUGCAAUUGUCAGACCAAGAGGCCCAUCGAAUUUUGGCUGGGAUCCGAUUUUUGAAUAUCAAGGGAAAACGUACGCUGAGAUGGACAAAGCAGAGAAGAACCAAAUAUCUCACAGGUAUAAGGCUUUGGACAAACUACAACGUUGGUUGAUCGAGAGAAAUUCUUGAGCCCAACCCUCUGCAGCAAUGACGUUGAUAGAUCAAGGCUUCUUUAGAUUAGUAGAGACAAUUCAAUUUGUGUUACCGCUAUGGUUGUGCUUCCAAGAAUCUAUCCAGGUUGAAAUUCUUGCGCAAUUGUUCUCUACAUCGUCAUCCUUUUCACUAGUGAGCUCGACCACGAUCUCUUCGUCGAAGGCUUCACGGGCCUCUUCGAACAGGACGCCGAAAAUCUCCGCAUCAAGAUUUUCCUGCAGCUUCACUUGUUUAUAUUCCC